AUGAAUAACCCCCGAUCCAUGGCAAGUCCGCGCAACGCCAACGCCGUCCUGAUCGUCGCGGCGGGCGCGAGCUACUACUACGCGCGCAAGUCGAUCAACGAGCGGCGCGCGGUGCAGGAGGCGCGGGGACAGCGGCCGUCGGAGAAGCUUGAUUGGCGCUCACGAAUAGAGCAGGACGAGAAGAAGAAGUCCGGCGCGGGCUCUGACGCGUCCCCGGACUCGGGCUCUGUCCCUGCCGCUGCGACUGCUGGCGGUGCGCGGGACUCGGAAAAGGGGCCCUCGUAA